AAGGGCUGCUUUCCAGUUAGGUUUGAAUGCCGGUCCUCUAAUCAGCUGGAGAAAGAGAGUCACUUAUAUAAGCCAAGGGAAAGGAAGUGCUGCUGCGAUACAGCUCACAUGAAUAACUAGGACUGAGUGCUGGUUGACUCCCAGGGUCCAGCUUCUGCAUCUUCUCAUGCUGCUCCUUUAGGGCUGUGUUGGCUGGGAGAAGUGGCCAUUUGGGAGGCUUUCCUCGUCUUACCAGUCUUCCUUUUUUCAAGGCAGUCGGUGAAGGCAUGACUCCCUCCUCAGACAAAGAGCUCAACGGGCUAGAUAACCCCGGCUUCGUGGUUGAAGAUGGGAGCCACUACUGCUUCUCACCAGAUCGUGCUGCCUGGAGCCCAGAGGAAGGCAGGGGCAAGGGCCGUGGCAGCAGCAAGCUUGCCUACACUGUCAUGGAUGUGCCCCCCUGGUACCUGUGCAUCCUGCUGGGCAUUCAGCAUUUCCUGACAGCCAUGGGAGGUCUCGUAGCCAUCCCGCUGAUCCUCUCCAAAGAGCUUUGCCUCCAGCAUGACCUUCUCACCCAGAGCCACCUGAUCAGCACCAUCUUCUUUGUCUCUGGGAUUUGCACCCUGCUGCAAGUCCUUUUUGGAGUCAGGUUGCCUAUUAUUCAAGGAGGCACUUUUGCAUUCCUGACACCCACACUGGCCAUGCUGUCUCUCCCCAAGUGGAAGUGCCCUGCCUGGACGCAGAACGCCACCCUGGUGAAUGCCUCUUCACCAGAGUUCAUUGAAGUCUGGCAGAUGCGGAUGCGAGAGGUGCAAGGAGCUAUCAUUGUAGCUUCCUGCUUUCAAAUCUUUGUUGGAUUUUCUGGCCUGAUUGGAUUUCUGAUGAGGUUCAUCGGCCCCCUGACAAUUGCCCCCACCAUCACCUUGGUCGCACUACCUCUCUUUGACUCGGCCGGGAACGAGGCUGGGCAGCACUGGGGCAUAGCAUUCAUGACUAUUGCUUUCAUAGUUCUGUUCUCUCAGUACCUGAAAGAUGUCCCUGUGCCACUACCAUCUUACCAGAGAGGCAAGAAGUGCCACCUCUCCCCGGUCUACCUCUUCCAGAUCUUCCCGGUGCUGCUGGGGCUCUCCCUGAGCUGGCUGCUCUGCUACGUGCUGACGGUGACAGACGUCCUCCCCGCCGACCCCACCGCCUACGGCCACCUGGCCCGGACAGACAUACGUGGGGAUGUUUUAUCCCAGGCUCCCUGGUUUCGGCUGCCUUACCCAGGCCAGUGGGGAGUGCCAACCGUCAGCCUGGCUGGGAUAUUUGGCAUCUUAGCUGGGGUGAUUUCCUCCAUGCUGGAGUCUGUGGGAGAUUACUAUGCCUGUGCCCGCCUGUCUGGGGCCCCGUCACCACCAAAGCAUGCCAUCAACCGCGGGAUCGGCGUGGAAGGCAUCGGCUGCCUUCUGGCUGGAGCCUGGGGGACAGGGAACGGCACCACAUCAUACAGCGAGAAUGUGGGAGCCCUGGGCAUCACCAAGGUAGGGAGUCGAAUGGUGAUCAUUGCCGGUGCCUGUGCCAUGCUCCUGAGUGGCAUCUUUGGGAAAGUUGGGGCAAUGCUUGCCAGCAUACCCACCCCUGUGAUCGGAGGCAUGUUCCUUGUGAUGUUUGGAGUUAUCACAGCAGUGGGGAUUUCCAAUUUGCAGUACACAGAUAUGAACUCCUCCAGAAACAUCUUUAUCUUUGGAUUUGCUCUAUUUGCUGGCCUCACGGUUCCCAACUGGGCAUGCAAAAAUAGUACACUGCUGGAAACAGGAAUCGUCCAGCUGGACCAGGUGAUCCAGGUGCUUCUCACCACCAGCAUGUUUGUGGGUGGACUCCUGGGGUUUAUCCUUGAUAACACCAUUCCAGGAACACAGGAGGAGCGGGGGCUCCUGGCAUGGAACCGUAGCCACAAGGGAGAGGCGGACAACCCUCAGCUUGUUUCCAAGGUCUAUGAUCUUCCGUUUGGCAUAGGCACCAAAUACUGUGCUGUGUCUUGGUUUCGGUAUCUCCCCGCUUGCCCCAGAAGACUGCCUGGCAGCAAGAGAAUGGAUGAACUGAAGGGUGCUGGACAGGAAAGGAAUGUUAAAGAAAGCUCAGAAAGAGACUCCGAGAUAGGUGCUGAUACAAGGAUAUAAGCACCUGGCCUGCAUGUGAACUCAUCUCAGAAGCAGAGGUCUGAAAAAUGUAUCUGCAGCCCCCACCACUUGACCAUAAACUGCCAGCUGUUAAGAGGCUGGAGGAGGAGAACUAUCAUGUGUGUCUUCUGCCAGCUCUGCCCCCUGCACCACUGGUGACCUUGAGGGAGUAAUUCAUCUCCUUUCUGCUCCUGCCUGCCCACCUCUAGGAAAAUCAUAAUCCCUCUUUGGGCAACACCAAAGCCCAAGAAAUGCCUGGGAAAGAUGUUCAGUUUCCUUCCUCGCACUGAGCCUUGGGGACCCCAAGAAGCAGCUGUUUCGCUGAAGCAGAGCUCUUCCUGUCUCCUGGCUGCUAAAGGGGCCACAGGAGAAGACAUCCCUGAUGUGGGCCCUGUUCCACUCUCAGGCACCUCUUGGGCUGAGACUAAUCCCCAAGACCUUAAAGAUCUGUAAAUGGCAAUGCUCACCUCUCAGCUUGUGGUUUACACCUCAUCCUGGCCAAGGGCAAGGAGCGAGCACCUCUAGGUCACGAUUAAUCUCAUUCCAUAUCCACGUAAUUUAAAGCCAGUCAAAUGAAUGUUGCUACAAGAGAGGUGUCUAAGGUUAACGGGAUGGAUUGUCUUCUGAACAUGCUUCUCCCACCUUAGACUGCAGAGGGAAUCUAAAGAACUUCCUUAGGUUCUUGACCUAACAGAAAACCCCAGCUUCACUGAAAUGAAUCCCACCCAGGGUGCUGGGAGCAGUUUCAGGGGACCCAGCUUCCUCAGGGCACCAAACCCUACAAAGAUGAAGGAAUUGUCAUCAAAGAUGAAGGAGAAAGCUCUUCUGCUCACAAUUUGAUGCAUCCCUGCUCCUGCUAUGUCCUGUGUCCCCCACACUGUACUUGUUUGGUCUGGCGUGGUGAUUGUGCAGUGACAACCACUUCUCUGGAAAACAGUUUGCAGAUCCUUGCUCCUGUCCACUAUCAGCAGCAACAGCCUUAACCUAUAUAGCCAUAUAUAAUAUGAUUGCACAUGGUGCUGGUUGCUGGUGGUGUGUAAUAACAUUGUGCUGUAGCAUAAGCUUGCGCUUCCUGCAUUGAGAUUUAUAGUUUAUUAUUUUUUUAAUAAAUAAGAUGUACAGUGUAAUGAUAUUUUUCAGGGUGAUUGAUUGCCAUAAUGUGGCAGGUAGUAUUCAAGGAAUCACAGAGUAAUUUAGGUUGGAAAGGACCUCUGGAGGUCAUGGGACAGCUCCUGCUCAGAGCUGGUCCUGUCAGACCAGGUUGCGGAGGACUGUGUCCAUUUGAGCCAUGGAUGGAGGGCCAGAGCCUCUUCGAGCUUGUUUCAGUGCCUGACCACCCCCAAGGUGAAAAGCGUUUUCCCUUAUGUCUAAUUGGAAUUUCUAAUGCUUCAUCUUGUCUCUGUUGCCUCUUGUCCUGUCACUACUCUCCGCAGAAAAGUUGGACACCAUCUUCUCUGUACCUUCCACGGGACAGCUGAAGGCCACAAUACGAUGCCUCCUUCACCCUUUUGUCUCAAGACUGAACAAAACCUGGUGGUUUCAAUGUAAAGCCUUGAUUCCUCACACCUUUAAAGUCCUGUUCUUUAGUCCCAUCCUGCAGCUGUAGCAGUAUGUGCCUUGUUUUAUUGGUAAAGGAUUUUUGUUUGUUUGUUUGUUUUGGGAGCCAAUGAAACAUGAAUAGAUCAA